AUCACCUUUGAUGUGUGUAACGGCGCUGCUCUUUCGUUAUGACCAUGGACUUGAUUAGGACUUUGAUUCUUAUCGUUCCCCUCUGUUUAUUGCAGCUGGACAUGGUCAUGAGUCAGUGCAUAAGGUGCAGUACAGAUCAAGACUGCCAUUCUUAUAGAUGUCAUUAUUCAUAUCAGCAAAUAGGGUGCCAAUACCACACUGUUCUUUUUGAUACUCAGAAGUGUUGCCUCUGUUCCAGUACUAGUGGAGGUUCCCAUUGCUCCAGGAACAGCGACUGCGCACACCAACACUGCUCUACUGGAUACACCCCAGUCUGCUCCUCAUCCUCUCACACUUGCAAGUGUGGAGCAACAUGUAGCGCUCACACGGACUGUGCACACUUUUCGUGCUACAGUGGCAAUCCGAUUUGCUCCUUGGCUCAAAACUCCUCCAGAACAUGCACAUGCGAAACUUCCUGUACGAAACAUGAAGAAUGUGCCAACCACCGUUGUUCCUCUAUGUAUCAACCAACCUGCAAAUCCGGACAAUGUACAUGUGUACAUCGCUGCACUAGUAAUUCUUAUUGUUCUAGAUAUCUGAACUGUGGAGGGGGAACAAGUCCCUAUUGUUCCACCGUUAAGAAGAUCUGUGAAUGUGAAGAUGGAGAUUCACAUUGUACAAGGGACAGCGACUGCGCACACCAACACUGCUCUACCGGAUAUAUCCCAGUCUGUUCCUUAUCCUCUCACUCUUGCAGAUGCGAGGCAACUUGUAACACUAAUACGGACUGUUCACACUUGUCUUGCCACAGAGGUGAUCCAGUCUGUUCUUCGGCGCAAAACAACACUAGGAAAUGCACCUGCAAAACUUCCUGCUCGAGCCAUCAAGAUUGUGCCAACCAUCGUUGUUCUUUUAUCUAUCAACCAACCUGCAAGUCAGGACAAUGUACAUGUGUGCAUCACUGCAUCAGUAAUUCAUAUUGUUCCUUUCAUUUAAGCUGCAAAGGAGGAAGGAGUCCAUAUUGUUCUACCAUUACAAAGAUCUGUCAAUGUGAAGAGUGUUUGGUUGAUUCCGAUUGCUCACAUCAUCAUUGUGGUACUGGAUACUCUUCCAAAUGUGUUCAUGAUGCAUGUGUGUGUCAAGCAAAUCCGGUGGAUGGGAGUUGGUCGCACUGGGCAUCAUGGUCAUCUUGUAGUGCCACGUGUGGAUCUGGAAUACACAAACGCACACGGUCCUGUACUAACCCUAAACCCCAACACGGUGGUCGGACAUGUUUGGGAAAUGACGUACAAAGUGCUGUUUUGAAUGGAGGAUGGUCUCUUUGGUCACCAUGGUCAACUUGCAGCGCCACCUGUGGGUCGAUCCUGCAAUCACGUUUACGCUUCUGUAAUAAUCCCCCACCAUCCAAUGGUGGAAACAAGUGUACAGGCAGUGCACAAGAAGCAAAAGUGUGUAACCUACCUCAUUGCCCUGUGAAUGGAGGAUGGUCUCUUUGGUCACCAUGGUCAACUUGCAGCGCCACCUGUGGGUCGAUACUGCAAUCACGUUCACGCUUCUGUAAUAAUCCCCCACCAUCCAAUGGUGGAAACAAGUGUACAGGCAGUGCACAAGAAGCAAAAGUGUGUAACCUACCCCAUUGCCCUGUGAAUGGAGGAUGGUCUCUUUGGUCACCAUGGUCAACUUGCAGCGCCACCUGUGGGUCGGUACUGCAAUCACGUUUACGCUUCUGUGAUAAUCCCCCACCAUCCAAUGGUGGAAAUAUGUGUACAGGCAGUGCACAAGAGUCAGAAGUGUGUAACCUACCUCAUUGCCCUGUUGAUGGCAGAUGGUCGUCCUGGGAGGCUUGGACGUCUUGCAGCGCCACCUGUGGAAACGGAACCCAAUCACGUUCACGUAAUUGCAAAAAUCCUCCUCCGUCCUAUGGUGGACAACCCUGUUCCGGAAGUUCAGAAGAGCAGGAAGUCUGUCAUUCUAAUCAAUGUCCUGCAGAAGGAUUGUCAUGCCCGACAUGUGAUCAAAAUCUGUCUUGUGCCUGGAACAGCACGUGUGAUUCUACGGAGACUUGCAUGAUCAGAAAGUAUAUAGGAUUUAAACUCACCGUCCAUUGCUCAAAGAAAGACGAUUGUUCUUUUGAGAAGUUAGCUUUACCUGAAGGGGAAAUAUUUUGUUGUGAUACACCUGAAUGUAUUCGACGUUACCUGGGUCUUUAA